GGCGGCGGYGGGGCUAUGCCCGGCCCUGGGAGCGACACAGCGGGAGCCGAGUCGGGCUGGGCCGCGCUUGGCGCUGUCAGUCCGCGGUCGAUUCCGGGGAGCGGCUGCAGGCAGGGUGGAGCUUGGCAGGACAGGACGAGCAGCGGGGCCGCUGUCGGGUCGUGGAUCUCGCUGCCGCCGUCCCUCGGGAGCGACGGGAGACAGCACGGAGCCAUGGGUUCGGGUCGGCGGGAGGUGGCCUGGGCUGUGAGCUGGGCCGGCGCUCGAGGCUGGCGGGGCUGGUGCAUGAAGGAACCUGUGUCAGAUGGAGGGAUGAGGGCAGCGGAACGGAAGGACGAGCGCCGCGGGGCUCCGUUGGGGAAGCUGGGCCGUUACCCUCCAUGGCCAGGAAAGAUUGUUAACCCACCUAAAGAUUUGAAGAAACCUCGAGGGAAAAAGUGCUUCUUUGUGAAGUUUUUUGGAACAGAAGAUCAUGCUUGGAUCAAAGUGGAGCAGCUGAAGCCUUAUCACCCUCACAAAGAGGAAAUGAUAAAGAUUAACAAGGGUAAGCGCUUCCAGCAAGCUGUGGAUGCUGUGGAGGAGUUUCUUAGAAAAACCAAAGGCAAGGACCAGGCGUGUUCCCAUAACUCCACUGAAGAGAAGAAUCGACGUAAUUCCAGUGAAGAAAGAGGCAAGCAGUCCGCUGGUGAAGAGAAACGCAAAGCCAGUUUCUCUGAAGGAAAGGUGAAGAAGGGCACAGGGGAAGGAAAAAAGAGGGUCUCUUCUGUCUCGUCAGAGAGAGGAUCAAAGUCACCCUUGAAAAGAGCUCAGGAUCAGAGCCCCCGAAAGCGGGGGCGUCCACCCAAGGAUGAGAAGGACCUCACAAUUCCAGAGUCAAGUACRGUGAAGAGAGUGAUGACUGGAACAGUGGCUGGAUUUAAAUGGCCACCGAGUGUGAAUGAGCCUGUGAAAGACAGUGAUCCACACUUUCAUCACUUCCUGCUGAGCCAGACAGAGAAGCCAGCUGUCUGCUAUCAAGCCAUCACAAAGAAGCUGAAGGUUUGUGAAGAGGAGACAGGAUCCACCUCCAUCCAGGCAGCAGACAGCACAGCAGUCAAUGGCAGCAUCACUCCUACAGAUAAAAAGAUAGGAUUUCUGGGCCUUGGUCUGAUGGGAAGUGGCAUUGUCUCCAACUUGCUGAAGAUGGGUCAUACUGUCACCGUCUGGAACCGGACUGCUGAGAAGUGUGAUUUGUUCAUCCAGGAGGGUGCACGGCUGGGAAGAACCCCUGCUGAAGUAGUCUCCACCUGUGACAUCACCUUUGCCUGUGUAUCAGAUCCAAAAGCYGCAAAGGAUCUGGUGCUUGGUCCAAGUGGAGUGUUGCAAGGGAUUCGCCCAGGGAAGUGUUAUGUGGAUAUGUCCACUGUGGAUGCAGAUACAGUCACAGAGCUGGCCCAGGUGAUAGUGUCCCGAGGUGGUCGCUUUCUGGAAGCACCAGUGUCAGGAAACCAGCAGCUCUCAAAUGAUGGAAUGCUUGUGAUCCUGGCAGCUGGCGACAGGGGUUUAUAUGAGGACUGCAGCAGCUGUUUCCAGGCCAUGGGGAAGACCUCUUUUUUCCUAGGUGAAGUAGGCAAUGCUGCCAAGAUGAUGCUGAUUGUGAACAUGGUCCAAGGCAGCUUCAUGGCAACAAUAGCAGAAGGACUGACUUUGGCUCAAGUUACUGGCCAGUCCCAGCAGACCCUUCUGGAUAUCCUCAAUCAGGGACAACUUGCCAGCAUCUUCCUGGACCAGAAGUGCCAAAAUAUCUUGCAAGGAAACUUUAAACCUGAUUUCUACCUGAAAUACAUACAGAAGGAUCUUAGAUUAGCUAUUGCACUGGGUGAUUCUGUCAACCAUCCAACUCCUAUGGCAGCUGCUGCCAACGAGGUCUAUAAACGAGCGAAAGCGUUGGACCAAUCUGACAACGACAUGUCCGCAGUGUACAGGGCCUACAUCCAUUAGGCUGCAUCCUUCUUACUGUUCAUAUGAUGAUUAUUGAUUAAUAUUAUUAUGAUACUGGGUUUUAACUCUGGACCAGUCCAUCUCUGUCUUUCCAUUUCCUUUUAUACACAGACUUUGAGACUUGCCAGGGAGGCAGCUGCUGUGGUGAGCCUUCUACUGUGGCAGGAGGGGGGAGGAGGGGGCUUGGAUUGUUGCAGUCUAAUUAGAAAAAUCCAUGCCACGCACUGACAGUCAUGGGAUGGAACAGCGGCGAUUGUUCAGAAGCUCUGAGGCAACUCUGCCAGAAAUUUGCUGCUUGGCUACUUUCAUUUUCCUCUUUGUUUGCUAGUCCAAGAUGCUGUUUUUAACAAUCCCUUUUCUCCUUUGCUGUGAAAUAAUGCGAGUGUUGGACUGUCUGCAUCAAGGGUACAGGGUGACAUGCAUCCCAUCUACCUGUGAAUAUCACUUGAGUCCUUGGUCCAAGUAAGGUGAGGAGYAUUCCUGCUGAUUAGCCACUGUUAGAGAACAGAGCACCUCCCAUGGAGGAGAAGGGCAGUUCCAGAGGGUAAGGGYGUUUGCGUGCAAUGAUGUCUUGAUUCUGUUUCUUUUUAAACUUCCACCUCCCCAGCAUCUUGAUGGAGGAAUUCCUGUACUGUUAAAGGCAACACAUUGCAUCCAUGUCUUCCCCUGUACAGACAGCUAUAGUUUAGGGAACACAAACUGUAUUGAAAAYAGGAGAAUGCCAGUGUCUAUGAGGCUCCUAAAAGGCUUAUCAUAGCCCAUCCAAAACAUMAUUGGAAAGCAACACGUUUGCAUAGAAAACUGCAGGAGAAACAUAGAGCCUAAAACUGGGCUAGAGGUUUUACUUGCUUCUGGCCUUAGCUUAUGUUAUGUUACUACUUGCAUUUUUUUUAACCUUGUAGUCAAUAAUUACUAAGGUAUCUUGGAUUAUGGCAGUGUCACAAGCAGAAUGGUGAGUCUGAAAGAGAAGAAUGAUCCAAGAGAUUGAGAAUCCUGAGCUCCUUUCCACAUUCUCUGGCCUUUGCAUGGUUGUCACAUCUCUCAGCCUCUUUGCCCAUCUAUAAAGGUGGGUGAUGAUUACCUACCUCACAGGGAUACUUUUAUGUACUGACUAGUGAUCUUUAUACAUGUUAAAUUUUCCAUACAUGUUCUUAGUGUUACUACUUUGGGUAAAAGCUAGCACAGCAUGAGCCUUCUCCCUGUGUCUGUGACUCUGCUUGUGGCCAGAUACCAGCUUCUGGAAAGACCAGUAACUGAAAUUGGGGAGGCUAAGACCACUGCUAUGCUUUGAUCUAGAGRUGAGCAACAUGAACUGCAGAUGCCAAGGCCAGAGGUCAGAGAUGCUUGCAGUGUUGAUAGCAGAGCAACCAGAGUCCAAAGGAUGCCUGUCACAAAAAAUACGCCGAAUGUGGCUUCAUUUUUGGUUUGGGGUUUUUUUUUCAAUUCCCAGUAUUAACCUUUUUGUUCUUGCAUUUUAAAUUUGAGUGUUAGAAAAAUGCCAGUGAGAAACUUCGGCCAAAAUCACUUGUCARUGAUACAAUCUCCUUCCUCCUUUGGGCUGGGAUUCUGAAAGGAAAGAAGACAGAUUCAAAUGAGUCCAUGUUCCUGAGAUCUGCCCCUGCCACCUUAUUUGUUUUCUAAGAAUUCAAUGGCUGUGUAAGGAAAUUUCCCCUG